AUGUUGGCUCGAACGCGUCUGCUGGCUACGUUUGUAGCCCUGUCCCUCUUUACCAUCCCCGUGUACGGUUCAUCCUUAUCCCGCGGAUGUGGGCGAGCCCCAAGCCUAACCACCGGCUAUCACAAGAUGUCCGUGAACGGCGAAGUGCGAGAAUUCCACACCACGCUCCCCGAAAACUACGACACCAACACUCCCUACCGACUUAUCUUCUGCUUCCAUUUUCUGGGAUCCAACAUGACAGAGAUAGUUACAGGAGCAUGGGUCGAGACUGGAACAUACGCCUAUUACGGACUACAGCGGCUCGCCAACAACAGUGCUAUAUUCGUGGCACCGCAGGGCACGGUGCCUGGCUGGCCCAACAUCCAAGGAAAAGACAUCGCUUUCACCGCUGCCUUGACCGAGGCCUUGGAGGCGGAUCUGUGCGUGAACCCGAAUCUAGUGUUCGCCACGGGAUGGAGCUAUGGUGCCGGCAUGACCUUUUCAGUUGGGUGUUCAUUGGCCGACAAGUUCCGGGCAGGUGUUGCGAUAGGAGGGGCGGAAGUCAGUGGGUGUGAUGGAGGCAAGGAUUCGUUUGCGUAUAUGGGCGUGCACGGGGUGCAAGACGGGGUCUUGGUGAUUGAAAAAGGCAGGAAGAUGAGAGAUAGAUGGGUGGCUGUUAAUGGAUGUCAGGUCCCUUCGGCUGUCCCGGAGCCACCACCUGGAAGUCUCACCCAUAUCCUGACAGAGUAUUCUGGCUGCUCGGAUCAUCCUGUAUGGUGGCUUGCGUUUGAUGGUAACCAUACGGCGGCUCCCUAUGAUGGUGGCAUUGGAGAUAGUGCGACGAAGUCAUACGUUCCUCCGGAGACAUGGAGGUUCUUCACCCAGUUUGGUUGA